GAUUCAGGAAUGAAAUGAUGGAUCCAGAUGUUUAUAAUGAGAUUGAGGCAGAUUUUGCAGAUGAAGUCAUGAAUUAUGAAGAGGAGGGAGGUGUACAAAGUAAUUCAUCGACAAAUGCUUUGAACGACGUCGUAAGGAGACCGCCAAAACGGAUCUUAGUACCUGAUGAUUGUGAUGCACUUGAUUGGCAUAUGCGAAUAAACUGCGACAAUUAUGAAAAAGAACGCGAUAUGAGACGAGAAAUUAUUGGUGAUGAAAUGGUUGAACGCCUUAAACAACGCAUUUUAUGGGCUCGGAGAAAGCGUCGCUUGGUAGACCUGCAAACAGGCGAAGAAGAAAUACAAAGUGUAUCAGCAAAGUUGAAAAAAAGUGAAGUGUUGUUGUACCCACCGUGUGGUAGUAUGCCAUGGAUUGGUUUUACAGCUCCUACGGAGCUGCAGAGAUUCUACAUAAUGUUAAGGAGUCCUGAACAGACGGUUGAUAACCAUGGCCUUGAUAAACUGCGAAGUGGUUCUCUGAAGUUUGGUUUCACCGAAAAAGUAUUAAAUUCUGGGAUUGAUUUUGAGGUUCCUGAUAUUGUUCCUGAAGGUGUGGAAGGAGAAUCUGUGUUUAUACAAGAUGACUUGUGGGUUGAGAAAUAUGCUCCGCAUACUUACGCUGAUCUCAUUAGUGACGAGACGGUGAAUCGUUUGUUGCUAAAUUGGUUAAGACUGUGGGACGAGUGUGUCUUUCAUAGGGCUAUCCCGGAUUUCGUCCUGAGAAGUACUUCAAAUCAACAGCAACUCAUCUUGAGCAGUGAGAAACCAAGGCGCCCAUCGCAUAAAGUUGUUCUCCUAGCUGGACCUGCCGGUACUGGUAAAACUACACUAGCAACUUUGGUGGCGCAACAUACUGGAUAUCGAGUGGUCAGUUUGAAUGCUAGCGAUGAGCGGAAUACUGUGGAUUUCGAAAAAUGUUUUGAGGAUGCUUUACGAACUACAAGGACUCUGGAUGCUGAUUCCAAACCAAAUUGUCUUAUUUUGGAUGAAAUAGAUGGCGCACCAACGCAAUCCAUUCAUUAUUUGUGUAAAGCUGUAACUGCAGCUGGAAGACAUUCACUUCGACGGCCAGUAAUAUGCAUAUGCAACAAUCUGUACACUCCUUCUCUGCGUGAAUUGCGAUUAAUUGCUUUAGUGUUGCAGUUGUCGAGAACUGACGAAAAGCGUUUAACCAAAAGGCUCCAAGAGAUAUCAAAAUUAGAACAUCUGAAAGUUGAACCAAGCGCGUUAUCGGAAAUUAUUGAUGUAUGUUCACGGGAUCUCCGUUCCGCAAUCAACAACUUGCAGUUUAUUGCAUCUCAAAACUGCGCUACAAUCGAUCGAAAAGCUGUUCUUAAGUUUUGCGAACGUGAGAAACAGUUUGGAGACAAGUCAUCAUUAUUCGAUUCGUGGGCUUCAGUUUUCGAAAUUUCUCGACAUUUGGAUGCAAAUGGCCGCAUUCAAGAUAUUGCUUCACGUAUCAAACAAAUUACACUCAUUUCGGAACUGCAUGGAAACGAAACUGAUCGCUUUUAUAUGGGACUUUUCACCAACUAUUUGAAUUGCAAAAGUGCCGCUGUGCUGAUGAAUGCUUCUAUGGCGAUCCGUCAAUUAUGUUAUUAUGAUCGAAUAGUUACAUCCAUGAAUAGUGUCCAGGAUUAUAAUUUACUGAAAUAUUUGUCCGCUGUGUGCGUCAGUAUACAUAUGCUUCUGUGCUGCAGAGGUCGAACACAUCUGAGUUUCCCAACGGAAUAUCACAGUGCAAUACAGCGUUAUGAGCAGUCCGUUGAAAUAGUGGAAAGCGUGCGAGCUGGAGCAACACAGAAAAAUUUUUCACUGUCAACAUUCGCACUCGAAAUUUUGCCGUAUCUCAUCUGUAUUGUGCAACCGGAUUUGAAGCCGAUGAACACCCAAUUGUAUAGUGUUCGAGAACUUGAUCUUUUGCAUUCGGUUGUUAGCAUCAUGCGUUCAUAUUCUCUCACCUUCACCUCUGUUUCGCAGGAUGGAUCCGUCAGUUUUGUUUUUAAACCUGCCAUCGACCAGCUGGUUAUGUUUACCGAAGAUGGUGCAUGCCACAAUAAUCGAUCUUCGAAUACAUUGUCUAAUGCUGCGAGACAGCUAAUAGCACAUGAGAUAGAACUGGAAAAGCUGCGAAAUGUGGACGCUUUAGCUAAUGGGACUGUUGGUAAUUUGCCAAGGAAUAUGAAAGAAGAAUUGAUUAAGCCUAACAAGUUUGGAGCAGGAAUCACGUUCUGUUACAACUCGGGAUCAUCAAGUGCCAUCAGGCGACGAAUCACAAUAAAAAUUUGUUCUUAUCCUAAGAAAGACGUGUCAUUGCGUUCCUAAAUUCUUGUGCGUAUUUGUCUUUCUUUGUGAAUAUGUUCGUUAACUUACUGGUUUUAAUGUUCUCUUGUUUUUGUUGACAAGCAUUUAAAGGG